UCAUCAUCAUCAGCCUGCACUUUCUCAGUCAAAUCUUUUGCACGCUGCCUCCACAAAAAUCCAAAUUCAUCAUUCAAUAAAUUAUUAUUGUGGCCCAGUUAAAAUUUCGUGGAAGUUGCUCGCGUGACAAAAUCGGCCGCACCCAAAAAAGGUAAACCUUUUGCUGAGCGCAUGAACGCUGUUUCGUCUCUUUUGAAAUUUUCUAGAUGACAGAUGCCCAGAAGCUUCUCGCCAACCCCUAAAUCUAUGGUGAAGCUCUAUAAGUUACUCCGUAAUCGGGGAAAGGAAUAUGCAGUCUCCUUCAAUUUUCCAUGUUAGUGAUGAAUAUGGAAAAUAAUUCUGCAGAGAUGUGUGAGAGCUCCGGCAGUUUAAUGGAGGAUGAUGUUUUCAUGAUAGGAACACACAUCAUCGGAGGUCUAGAUUCUUCGGCCAUGUUGGGUAGUUUUCCUGAUUUUCAUAGGGGAGAUUUAGUUAUUACAGAUCGUCUUUGGACUGGUAAUGACUUUACUGAUGGGCAGCAGCUGACUGAACAGUAUCAUAUUGAAGAGGCGUACCAUCAAGUCAUGGGCAUUCAACAAAUUUCAGGCUCCCCUCCGCAAUAUGAAUUGCUCGGUAAUAAUAUUGAUCCUAAUUGUAGAUCAAAAUUGAGUAGUGCAUUCAGGGAUUACAGGAAAGAGCCCACAAAGGAAGUUCAAUUGUGUUUGGCACCUGCAGUGAAACAGAAAUCACUAAAGAGAUGCUUCGAUUUUCUUCGGAGGACCUAUAAAAAUAGCAGAGACAAGUCAAGUUGGAAAGCAAAUGAUGAGUUGGUAGAGGAAUCAUAUGCGUUUACACAUAAGCUUGCUGAGCGCAACAGGAGAACUAAACUCAGUCAGCAAUUUUUGGCUCUGCGCUCCCUUGUUCCUCACAGUCCCAAGAAAGUUGAUAAAAUUUCCACACUAACAAAUGCGAUAUCACAGCUGAAUCAGCAAAAGCUUCGCAUAGAGGAGCUUGAGCAACAGAAUCAAAGCCUAACCAGUGCACUUAGAGAGAACUCUAUGAGUGAAGCUUGUAGUAGCUUAUCUUAUGGCUGCGCAGCAGAUUCUACAAGAGAUGCGUUGAUGCAGUGUAUUUGUGAAGAAGCUGAUGUACUUGUUGAGAAAACCAGCAUACCAGAUGAAGUGAUCAUCGAAGUAACCCUAAAAAGAAUAGCAUCGAAUUGUACUCACAUGGACGCCAUUGCUACAGUGGAUAAGUGCUUGAGAGAAAUGGAAUUGAAGGUAGUGAGAAUACAAUGGAGGGAGUUAGGCUCAGCAAACCAACUAAUUGAGGGAACAAUCCGCAGGGAAACAAAGGGAGAACGCUGGGAGAUGAGACAGAUUAAGACGGCGGUGAAGCGUGCUCUUACAGGGAAUUAAGGUAGCAAAAGUCUGAUUUUUUGCGAAAUGGGGCACUGAAAAUUUCGCAUGUCCUGAAGCAAUUUUGUACAAAAGAGAGAUUUUAAUAAAGGGUCUCUGUUAUUACUAUGAGUACUCUUUUAUUGCGCAAUUUUAGAACAACGACAAUCUUGUAUG